AAAUUAGAAAGGAAAGGAAAAAAAAGGAGGGGAACAAAUUUAUAUCGUUUCUGUUUUACUUGUUCUAAUAAUUAAUUAUACCUUUGCUUCUAGUUAAGUGCAUCUGUUUUAAUGGUUACAUCAAAGUUUGAAUUCAACGUAUUUCUUGUUGAUUUCAUUUUAAUUUCAAAACACGAACGGAUUUAUAUUUAAUUAAUGUUUGCUUUUCAAUAAGCAGACGAACUUACAAUUGAACAGACUCAGCAACCAGUUGUAAGAUUUCAUAAAAUUCCAUCUUAUUGUGUUAUAAUAACAUUGUCACACCUUAACAAGUUUGAGGACGUGCCAGAAUUAAGGGCAACAAAGUAACAAAUAUAAAAACUAAAAUAGGAAGCGAAAGCAGAAGCAGCAACAGAAACACAGACAGUAUCAGAGGAGUGAGAAGCAUUUGUUUUUGUUAUUUUUUUUUCUAUUUUCUUUUCUUUUUUUGUUUUUUUUUUGUUUUUUUUUUUAAUGGAAGAGAAUUCAAAUAAAGCAAAAAUGCAUUCACCCAUAAGUGAACGUAUGGGUUUUGUUGCCCUGAUGAUUUUGCAAAUAAUCUUAUUUAUGCUCUUUGCCGUGUUCGUGCGUUAUGGCAAGGCAGCACUACCAGCUGAAGUCCCCGGAUUAUUUCAAGAACACGUUUCCAAAUAUCCUCAUUUUCAAGACGUACAUGUCAUGAUAUUCGUUGGCUUUGGUUUUCUAAUGACCUUUUUAAAAAAAUACGGUUAUAGUGCAACGGGUUACACGUUAUUCAUGUCGGCUCUUAUAAUACAAUGGACUAUACUAGUUAAAGGCUUCUUUCAUAUGUAUGACGGUAAAAUAGAGCUUUCGCUGGAGCAUAUCAUACAUUCGGACAUAUCUGCUGCGGUACCAUUAAUUAGUAUGGGCGUAUUGUUGGGUCGUACAACGCCAAUACAAUUAUUGUUUAUGGCAUUGUUCGAAAUUAUAUUGUUUGCCGUUAAUGAAUACGUUGCUUUGGAAAUCCUUAGUAUUUGUGAUGUCGGCGGCUCAAUUACUGUACAUGCGUUUGGUGCAUAUUUCGGUUUGGCCGUAAGUUUAAUGCUACGCCCCAAAAAGGAAGAAAACGAGCCCGGACAGUACGAAGCACCUACUUACACAUCAGACUUGUUUGCAAUGAUUGGCACUUUAUUUUUGUGGAUAUACUGGCCAAGUUUCAAUUCUGUAUUGGCCGAUGGCACUGCCCAGGAGCGUGCUAUUCUAAACACGUAUUUAUCAUUAGCAGGUGCAACAGUGACUGCCUUUGUACUCUCAACUAUGAUGAGUCACGAGAAAAAGCUCGAUAUGGUACACGUGCAAAAUUCCACAUUAGCCGGAGGUGUUGCCGUGGGUACAGUUUGCAAUCUAAUGAUUGGAGGUCAUGGCGCUAUCUUAAUUGGUAUUUUAGCCGGUUCGUUAUCUGUAAUAGGAUACCGUUACGUAACGCCUGCAAUGACAGCAAAGUUACGUUUACACGACACCUGCGGUGUACAUAAUCUACAUGGUAUGCCUGGAAUAAUCGCCGGCUUGGGCUCUAUCGUUUAUGCAUACUUGGCUACUAAAGAAGACUAUAAAUAUGAUUUGGGCGCUAUCUUUCCAGCAAUGGCAAGCCAACCAAAAAACUUAACUUCUAACCAUAUAAUAGGUGGCUAUGAACGCUCAGCCAGAGCCCAAGCAGGUUUUCAACUAUUCGGUUUGUUUAUGACGAUUAUAAUAGCAAUAGUUGGUGGUCUUAUAGUAGGCUUAGUGCUCAGAUGCACUUGCUUCCGUAAAUUGCAAAAAGAAGAACAGCAUCAAGAUGAACUCUAUUGGGAAGUGCCAGAGCUAAAGAGUGAAUAGUAAAGUCAAGAGAUAAACGCAUUAAUAAUAAAUAAAAAAAAACAAAACAUUUUUUUUUUUUUUUGUACUAAUAAUAUAUAC